CAACAAUUGUGUUUUAAAUUAUAACUAUAAACUAAAUUAUAUUGUAUAAUUCGCUAAACAAUAAAAAUGAAAUAUUUUAUAUUACUUAUGAGUUUAGUUCUUCGAAUAGAAUGGAACACUUGUGAUGCCAAAGCAGUAUUUGGAACAGCCCCAUGUAUGUAUGCAGGCGAUUAUGAUCCCACAGGAUACAACUGUGAAACUAAAGCCAUGGACCCUAGUUUGUUACCAACAACUUGUACUUCAUUUGUUUAUGAUCCUAUAGUAUUUGUUGAUGCUCAAUCUGCAAAUGAUUUAGAUAUUGAUGAUGACUUUAAUAUAAUUGGUCUUAUAAGCAUGGAUAAACCGCUGUAUUUAUAUGUUAAUUAUGAUAGGACACAAUGUUCGGCGGAUGCUGCAGAUAAUACAGAACACGUAAUAGCAAACAUAAAACACCUUAUAGAUAACUACAGUAUAACGGGGUUUAUUCUAUUGAAUUUGGAUUUGAAUUCAACCAUUAAUUGUGACGACAAAUUAAAACAAUAUGUUAAUUUAGUAAAACAAAAUACUUCUUGUCAAAUUGGAUUAUAUGUGAAUGCAAGAAACAUAAUAGAUAAUACUAACAAUGCAUCGGCUACGGGUUGGUUUGAUUUUGAGGAGUUGAAUAAUAUUAUGGAUUAUUAUAUAAUUGGAUUUGAAAUGUUUAAUCCGUGUAAUGAUCUGUACAAAGGUGGAAUUGUUCCAUUGAAUAAUGAUCAAAAUAAUACCUAUUCAUUGACAACAUUUGCAAAUGCUUUGAACAACUCAAUGAUUGCCAAGGACAAAAUUUAUCUUCAAUUUUCACUAUCUCCAACUAUUAAUGACACAACGACCGAACAUUUAUCCAAAUGUUGUGUGACAUAUCGAAAAUAUUGUGAAAAUGACCACUAUAAUAGAUAUUGGUGUGCUGAUAAUGCUGAUUCAUUGUAUCAAAAAGGUAGAUUUGCAAGAGACAUACAUACAAGAGGAAUAGUAGUAAAAUAUAUCGAUACAAUUGACCCAACUGCAACAUGUGGUUGUAAUAAUCAAGAUAAGUUUAUAACAUUUUCGAUGAUGUUACGUGGUUAUUUUAGCGAAGAUCCUAUCGAAGACUGCGCCAAGUUAAAUUAUAUUACUGAUACAUAAAAAGUAAUAUUUAUCUAUUAUAUUUAUUAACGUUUAAUAUUCAUUGAACCAUAAUAGCAAUUAGUUUGUUAUAGCUAAAUACAUAUAAUCAUUCGUAUAAUAACCGAUUACUCUUAUUCAAAUGAGUAGUAAAUAUAAUUAUGGUCGCUUAUGUAAGCAUGGGCGUCAUCGUUAUCGAUUUAUAUAUUAUAUAAAAAUAUAAGCUCAGAGUUGUCUGAAAUUUUUUUCGAGAAAGUUGAGAAAGAGCAUGGUGAGUAACAUUGUGGGAUUAAUUUUUUUAAAUAGAAUAAAAACUAAAAAUAAAUUGUAUAACGUAUAAAUUAAAUAAAGAACACUAGAAUUUAUUUUUUUUUUUUCACUGAUUUAAGUCAUUGUUAUGGAAGAUGGCUCUAGCAUAUUAAUGAACGUAAAAAAGUCCUAACCGUUAACAAUUUCUUUAUCAAUUGUCAAACAUCCAUAUACAAAGUGUAUCACGAUGUUCUUAGAAAUGAAAUAACUUGUGUUCUCAUCAAUAUUUUCAAAUUUGUUUUUUUCAUAAAAUGAAUAGACUUGUGUUACACGUAUAAUAUAUAUACUUUUUAAUUUUAAUUUUUUUGAACAAAAAAUAAAAAAAAAAUUGAAUUUUAUUUAAAUUAUUUUUAAAAAAUAAUAGCUAAUUUAUAAACUUAUUAAUAAAAAUAGUUUUAUUGUAUAUAGUAUUCGAUUUGAGUAAUCAGUUUGUGACUUACCAAAGAUUAAAUAUUCGUUCAGCUCUAACUUCUGUGAAAUUGAUCGAAACCAAAAGUAAAAAGCAGUAGUCGAAACGAAAGUUAUCUGGAGUUAACGAUAAUCACAUCCGAAUAUUGUUAAAAAUACUUAUGUACAAUUUAAAUAAAGCCUUGAUGGUGAUAGGGAAGAAAGGUCAUAGAAUGGUUAAUCCAUUGCUUAUAAAUACUAUAGUAUGUUCAAUACUAUAUCUAUAUACGGUGGCUAAUAGCUAAUACACACCAUCUCGCCAGGUUAAGUUCUCAAAAUGCAAAGAAGACUCAUUCAAAAUUUAUAAUCAGAUUUUCCUUUUUUAAAAGAUACUUAUGAGGUUGGAAAAAUAUUUUGUACAAUAUGUAAAUCGGUAUUUUCUAUAUAAAGCAUGAUAGACGUUCACAUAGACAUAAACAACAUAUUAAAAAAUAGUAAAACCUUUAUUGACGUUAUUAGUUGCCUCAAAACACAAGUGUUCCGUAUUUUUUUUUUAUUUUUAUGGUAAGUCUAGUAAAUUAAUAAGUUCUGUGAUAUAUAUAUAUGUAUACUAAUACUUAUAAUAUAAUACAUAAUGAUAA